AUGUCAGAUUCCAACACAACCGACUUCACCAACCCCUCCACCUUCAUCCUGCUCGGCAUUCCUGGCCUGGAGGGAGCUCAUGUCUGGAUCUCCAUCCCCUUCUGCACCAUGUACAUCAUAGCCAUUUUGGGGAACUUCACCAUCCUUUUCAUUGUGAAAAUGGACCCGAGCCUCCAUGGGCCCAUGUACUAUUUCCUCUGUAUGCUGGCCGUCACUGACCUGGUCCUGUCUACGUCCAUCAUGCCCAAGACUUUGAGCAUCUUCUGGUUCAAUUCCAGGGAGAUUGAUUUUAGUGCCUGCCUCAUCCAGAUGUACUUCAUUCACUGCUUCUCAACGAUGGAGUCUGGAAUCUUUCUGGCCAUGGCUUUUGAUCGUUAUGUGGCCAUCUGUGAUCCCCUGAGACAUUCCACCAUCCUGACAAACCCUGUGGUAGCCAAGAUCGGCCUAGCUGUGGUGCUGCGUGGCGGCCUGCUUGUACUUCCCCAUCCCUUCCUGGUGAGGCAAUGGCCAUAUUGCAGAACCAACAUCAUCCCCCACACAUACUGUGAGCACAUAGCUGUGGUGAAACUGGCCUGCGCAGACAUCCGUAUCAGUAGUUACUACAGCCUCUCUGUGGCAUUCUUGGUGACUGGUGUAGAUGUGUUUUUUAUUGCCGUGUCCUAUACCAAGAUCCUCAGGGCCAUCUUCUGCCUCCCCACAAAGGACGCCCGCCUCAAAACUUUUGGGACCUGCAGCUCCCAUCUCUGUGUCAUCUUAACCUUUUACAUCCCAGGUCUCUUCUCCUUCAUCACGCACCGGUUUGGCCACAACGUGCCCCUGUAUUUCCACGUUCUCUUUGCCAACAUGUACCUCCUGGUGCCCCCCAUGCUAAACCCCAUCAUCUACGGGGUGAGGACCAAACAGAUCCGGGACAGGCUGCUCCACCUGAUCGGCCUCAGACCCUGCCUCCUGGAUGGAGCCUUGCAGAAUAUCCUAUAG